AUGCUGCGGACCCAAUCAAUAGUAUUUGUAAGGUUUUCAUCCAUUGGUGUAUCUAGAAAUGUUGCCAGAGAUGAGUUUGCGCCCUUGCGUCCUCUUCUGCCAAAAUACGUCUCCCGCUAUGUCGAAUUUGCCCGACACAAGUUUGGUCUAAAGAGUUCCCUGACAGAUGAAUUCUGGGACCACAAAUUGCAGAUCCUGACAAAGCCUGACAGUUCUUUGGUUCCUAAGCAGGCCCGCAGAAUCAGACCUCCUAAAAAUCUUACGGAUGCAAAAGCAUUGGCAAAUUACACCACGUAUCUGACCUGUGCUAGGCCAUCUCCCAAAGAGUCCUCCACGGUACUGAAUAUACUAUAUCAUGACAUUCUCAAGGACGAGAAUUUGCCUCUACUAACUGACCAGACAGUUGAUCAGCUGCUUUCGUUUCUUCACAGCUACAAUCAUUGUGCAACAAUGCUCAACCUGAUCUUCAACAUGGCUCCCUCGGUAGGAAUCGAACCUCGCAUAAAAUGGGUGAAUCUAGUGCUGAACUCGGCUAUCCAUUUGGACAGACAAUCGAAGGAGCGAAUAGUCGACGCGUGCGUGGACAAGAUCAUUGAGUACGAUCUGGACCCGACACUGGCCUCGUGGACGAGCUUGUUGAUGCUGCUCCCUAAAGAAUCAGCAAAAGACUACCUGCACAGCAUGCUGCGAGUCAAAAUUCCUCUUCAGAGAAGUAUCUGGCAAGUACUGAAGAUCAAAGAGAAUGAGCUGCGUACUUCGCAGCAGGCCAUCGAGUUUUUGAGGCGGUACCCAGACUCAUUUUGCCAGCUUUCCGGUAGUAUUCAUCCAGUCAACUAUAUCCGGAUAUACUCCUUUUAUUACAACCUCGACUGUUUAAUCAAAAGUGUUGAUGUUUUUCAAAUGAGACGCCCGCUCAAGUUCUCUCAUCUCCAGCAGCUUAUUGUGCAACCAGCGCAUAAAGGCGAGAUGUACAAGUCGAUCUCUAUGCUCGAAUAUUUUCACUCCAAAUGUCCUAUAUCCUUAUCAAAGAGAAAACUUGUGUACAAUAAGCUUUUGAAGCUCCAUCUACACUCGCUCGGUGCUCACGAAAACUACUACACUGUUCUCAAAUUUUUAUAUCACAAUAGUCAGCAGCACGAAGCUUUCCGCAACAUGAUUCGAGCCACCUUGAAAAACCGAAACGCAGAGCACCUUUAUCCUGAAAUGAUCCGACCAUGUCCAGAGCUGUCGAGCGACAUUAUUGCAAGCCUCACUUGGACGCGACCAAUCACAAGAUUGGAGGACAACACGCCCAGCUACCAAAAAUACGCACAAUUAUUUAUAUAA